AUGGAUGUUGCCAAAUCUCCAGACAACAUGGAGGGACUAAGGCAUAGAUUCAUGAAAUGCACAGUGGAGUCUGGGACAAGACCAGCUUCUGACACCAACCUUAAGGCCAUGUCAGAUGUACAGCGGAAGAAAAGAAACUGCACCAAAGGAGCAUUCAGUGUGAUUUGCACGACAGGUUCCAUGAAGCUGAGGAAGAGAAGUGCAGCUUUUCGUCACCAGCCUCCAGAUUCCGGCGGCAGAUUCUGGGAGGAGCUCUCAAUUCACCCUGAGUUCAGUGUGAACCUACCUAGCGACAAAAAGCACCAAGCAGCCCACACUCCUAUCAUGCACUUGAUUGGAUCAGGAGGGGAAGCAUCAGAACCCUUCCCAAUGCCUGCAAGGUGGAUUCCUCCAUCAACAAGAAGGCACGAUGACAUUGAUAUGGAACCCAGCAGCGAUGCCCAAAGAGCAAAUGGAAGUCUCUCUACAGGGACGGCGAUCAACCUGCCCGGAAUAAUUCCAAGGGGCUCUGCGCUUCCGAAAGACUCGGAGGUGGAAGUUCAGGGGCUGGUGCCCGACCUUGCCUUGCUCAUGGAUGUGGAGCCUUCGGAAGCUGUGGGACUCUCACCAACUUCACCUGUGGCUCCUUUGCCGCAACCUCUGCUGGCGCAGCCGGAUAGCGACAUUGUUAUGCUCGACGAAACAGUUGUCAGGAAGUCAAAGGACAUCCCGAUUCUAGAGCGGGUUGGGGAAACGCUACGGCAAAAGAAACUGCGCGCCACCCAGACUUGAGGUAGC